AUGAAAUUACAUGCAGAGUUCAAGCAGGAUAGCCUAGAGUAUUUUUCCUACAUUUUGAAAGGACUGAAAGAAUUUUCGUCCUUUGCUACUGAGAGCUCAUUUUUAUGCUUCAAAUUUUCGGAGAAAUACUUAUACAUAUUUGGAAAUGAAAAGAAACAUGUGGAAAUAUUUAUAAAAAUCAGCAUGAAUGAUUUGUUUUAUGAAAAUUUUAUUUUAAAAAGUAAUUCAAACAAUGAAAUAAUUAUAUUAGUAUAUAUUUUCCAGAUAUAUGACAUUUUUAAGAAUAUAUCAAAAAAUACCAAAAUAACUAUUGAUUUAUUUGAAAAGAAUGGAAUAUGCAUAUUACUAUUCAAGCAUCAGUGUAGUGUGACAGACGCUUUAAAGAAAUAUGAAUGUGGAGUAGAAAUCAUUAAUCCUUCGUUAACAUCAUUUCCGAACAUAAAAAUGAAUAAAUAUGCCCUUUAUAUUAAUUGUAAGUUAAAAAAAUGCUGCAAAAUUUUAAAUACCUAUUCGAAAUUUCAUUCCGACAAGAUAGAAUUAAACUUUGAAGUUACAAACAAAAAAUGUGACAUUAUUUUUCUCAUGGAUUCAUUAACUACGAAGAACAUAACCACAUUAAAAAAUAAUUAUGUACUAAAAAAUGUAAUAGACAAGAAGACAAAAAAUGAUAAUGAUAAUAAUAAUGAAAAAUAUAAUUUAAGAAAAGUAAUAUAUAUUAAAACUUUUACAAAAGCUUUAAGUAUUCUAAAUGAAUGUAGGAAUAACAAAGAUGACGCUGGUAUAUUUAAAAUUGUUGUACCUUAUAAUAAAUGUUGGUUUGCUUUAAAACUGGGUCAAUUCGAAUAUUCGGGAAAUUGGAAAGUACUUAUUGUGAUUACGGAUCUUAGCCUGGAUAUGUAA